UGCGUGAUAUUCGAGUGCUCAGAGCCCUGAUUUUUUUCUCGGCAUUACAAUGCAAACACAUAAAUACAUAUAUAUGUAUAUAAACAUGCAUUUAUACAACGUCUAUAACCUAUGAAAGGUGUACAUCAAAGGCUUGAAAUAAUUGAACCAGUUUCGUCAUAAUAAAAUCGUGCUGCAACUGUAUCGGUAUAAUCGAUUGUAGAUAUAGUAUCUCAGGCUCGCAGCUACUAAUCUAAGACCAGCCAUCGGACAACGAAAGGAGGGCUCCCUUAAUCCGACAAACCAGCAUUUGGAUGUUUUAUUUUUUAGUAAAUGGCGUUUCCGGAAACCGUACAAAAAACUGAAGUAUCAUCGAAACCACCCAAUGGAAUGGAAAACAGUCAAACAUCUCAAAGGUCAAAUCAUGUUAGCUCGGUUCUGCUUUAUGGAAUACCAAUUGUGUCUUUGUACAUUGAGGGGCAAGAGCGACUCUGCCUGGCGCAAAUCUCAAAUACUCUUCUAAAACAAUUCAGCUAUAAUGAGAUACAUAAUAGACGUGUGGCGCUUGGCAUAACCUGCGUGCAAUGUACACCAGUACAGUUGGAAAUUCUGAGAAGAGCCGGUGCCAUGCCGGUAAGUUCGCGGCGAUGCGGAAUGAUAACUAGAAGAGAAGCUGAGCGUCUUUGUAAGAGUUUCUUGGGCGACAACUCCCCACCUCGAUUGCCCGACGACUUUGCAUUUAACGUGCAGCACAAAUGUGCAUGGGGCUGUCGUGGAUCGUUUUUACCAUCUCGGUAUAACUCAUCACGAGCCAAAUGCAUCAAAUGUGCAUUCUGUGGAAUGUUCUUCUCACCGAAUAAAUUCAUUUUCCAUUCACAUCGCCUCACAACAAACGACAGGUACGUUCAGCCCGAUGCUGCCAACUUUAAUUCCUGGCGACGUCAUAUGACGCUUAGUGGAAACGCCCACGAUGAAAAAAUUAUCUACGCAUGGGAAGAUGUCAAGGCGAUGUUCAAUGGUGGCACCAGAAAAAGACUCGUUAGUAGCAACAGUAAUGUUAAUCGCAAUCGAAAUCAAAGCUCACCAACGACAUCGUCAGCUAGUGCACUAGUAGGUGGAAGUUCGUGUAGCACACCAACUGACUGUGAGAUCCUAGAAGCUAAGAACAUAGCAUGCAAAGAGCAGACCCCAAUAUCAAAGCGAUCCGUUGACCACCAAUACAAUUACAGUACCGUGGCUGCAGCCGCCGCUGUGGUUGGUGUUACGGCCGUAGCAGCUGCUACGGUUGGAGUACCAUUUAAUUUACAUCAUUCAUCGGUCCUUUCACCCCUUCACUCGCUUCGCAACGACCACGAUCUUUCGAUAAUGCCCCUUUCCAGAAAUUUUGUUGUGGACUAUAUGUGGCAGCAACAGGACGCAAAUCAUCAGCAACAGCAUUCGAAAAAUUCUAAAAUCUGUGGCGCCAACCCCAGUGAAUCGGCCCUUGACUUCGAAUCAUGUCCAAUGCAAUGGGCUAGAGCAGAAGCGAAUAUGCCAGCAACGAUUGCUAAUGCCGUUCGCUUGGGGGAGCGAGAGCGUCAGCAAUUUAAUAUGAAAAACGAAUCGUCGUCAACUUCUAUUUGUGGCAUUAUCAAAAAUCGUAAGCUGUCUGAUGUCGCCAGCAGUGGUCUAACGUUUUCUGAUUAUAACAUUCCAUCGAUAUUAAGCUGCUCUGCAUUUAAACCAGUUGUCGCUUCAGCAGCAAUUGUAUCCACUUCAUUAUACACUAGGUCUAGCGACUCUAAUAGCAACGUUUACAUUACCCCAACUCAAACGGCCCGAACAACCACAGUUCUAACGCAUAACAGUAUUACAACUGCCUCGCAUCGCUUACCAACAGCGGAAGCUUUUUCGCCAAUAUUAGACACUAUCCAAUCCAAUAUCGAAAGUGAGCAAAUCAAUUUUUCGACAUCAGUAUCCAUUCACAACAAAAACGGCUCGGAUAAAUCAAUAUCUUCAGAAUCGGCUUACGGAAUAGGAAGAAAUAUAUAUGGUAAUGAUGACGACGAUGACGAAGACGACGACGACGACGAGGUUGUGGAUAUCGAAACAACGGAAGACGAAGUUCUUAAAGAGCCCCUCGAAGAGUGUCCACAUUCACCAGCUGAUAUAUCAUCUGAGAGUGAAAGUUUAACUCAUUCUCAGACUGCAAGUACAAAUGUUGAUGUAGAUGCUGAUGCUGAUGUGGAUGUGGAUGUGGAUGGUAUUACAACGGAUGCCGAGGAUCAACUUGAGUUGAAAUCAAAUGUUUGCUUGCUCGACAACACUAACCGUUCCAUUUCAAACCCAAAUGGAAAAAUAAAAGUGGCUUCCUUGAAUGCGGAAACCGAAAUGUGCAAGGACGGUUAUAAAUGUAAUGAGGAGACGAAAGGAUUCAAUGGUCACUUACGAAUUUUUACUCGAGGAAAGAGUUUUAAGCACCAACCGGAACGAAAUAGCUCAAAAAAGGCAACAGCUACGUUUUUGAAAAAGAAAUUUUACUCGAAGUCAGUGGCUAUUAAAUCUGCUCAACCACAAGUACAGCACAGAGUUUCCUUUCCAGUAUUCUUUAAGUCGCAAGUAAACCCUUUCAAUGAGCAUCAUCCACGACCAACGACAUUGAGCCCCAACUCCCCUUCGGACUCAUCUAAUGCAUGGAGCUAUCCACUUGGUAAUAUUAGGCAACUAUAUUGUUAUGAAAGAAGCGCAACCAAUGAAAACUGUGUUGAUUUUAAGUAA